CCCUAUACUCUACUCCUCCUGCAUAAAAGCCACUCCUCUCUCGCUCACUCUUCUAUCUCUGCUCUCCCCAUCUCCCUCCUCUGUUCGCCACUUUAUACCGCCCGCCCACCACACCACUCCUCGCUCCUCUCUGCUUCGUCCUUUGCUUUCCCCUGCGCCAGGCCAGAACGACAUCCUCCAUCCCCAGUCCCCUCCGAUGGGGAACCCGCCGGAGCUGUACCACAAGAUCCUCAACAUCCCCAAGGACACCUCGCCGCAGGAAAUCCGCGCCGCGUACAAGAACCUCGUCAAGAAAUGGCACCCCGACAAGCACCCGCCGUCGUCCAAGCCCGAGGCCGAGGCGCGCUUCAAGGCCAUCAGCGAGGCCUACGAGGCGCUCCUGGACCAGCAGGAGAACAGGGCCGUGUUCGGGCUGUGCAACGACGGCCGGGCCGGUGAGAGGGCCGGCGGCGCGUUUGGCGGUGGUGGGGGCCUCGGCGCCGGCGUCGGGCCGCGCAUGGAGAGGACGCGCAGCGACGAUUUCUGCACGAGGAGCGCGCCCGGCACGCCGGCGAGGGAGUUCAAGAAGGUGUACAGCUCCGGCAACACCGGCGGGCGCCGCGCGUUCGCCGAGUUCUCCAGCUCCAUCAUGCGCAAGGCGCCGCCGCUGGAGCGCAAGCUCGAGUGCACCCUCGAGGAGCUCUGCCGCGGCUGCAAGAAGGAGGUCAAGUUCACCCGCGACGUCGUCACCAAGAAUGGGUCAAUCGUCAAGAAGGAGGUGACGCAGAUGGUGCUGGUGAAGCCAGGGUGGAAGAAAGGGAAGCAGAUCGUGUUCGAAGGCAUGGGUGACGAGCGGCCCGGGUGCCUCCCCGCCGACGCCGUCUUCACGGUGUCGGAGAAGAAGCACCCGACGUUCAAGCGGGUGGGCAACGACCUGGUGCUCAAGGCGGAGGUGCCGCUGGUGAGCGCGCUCACGGGCUGGUCCUGCUCGUUCCGGCUCCUGAGCGGCAAGAAGGUGAGCUGCGCGUUCCACGACGAGAUCAUCUGCCCCGGGUACGAGAAGGUGAUCGCCGGCGAAGGCAUGCCGAUCCCCGAGCAGAAAGGCGCGCGCGGCGACCUGAAGGUGAAGUUCGAGAUCGUCUUCCCCAAGGAGCUCACCGACGAGCAGCGCGCCGGCCUGGCCGAGAUCCUCAAAGGGUCCUGCUGAUCGUGAUCGUGAUCGAUCGGUGGAGCAGACAGCAGAGCUCGUGGUGGCGGUCCGGCGCCGGGUCGGUCCAAGGUAGCCCAAGCGUAUCAAGUUUUCUUGGCCGUGUCCGUCAGUCCGUGUGUUAAUAUACUCAUAGCGCGUGAGUGAGUACAUAAAGAGAGAGAGAGAGAGAGGGGCAUCGUUGUACAUACAGGUCGUUUAAAUAUAUGAUGAUAAAUAUAUAGUAUAUGGAACGUGAGCCAAGCUUUUUGUGUA